AUGUCCCCGCGUCUUCAUUAUCCCGAUGGGUAUGAGCUUGCUAGUUGUUCAUCGAUCGACUCGCAAGGGACGUUCAAUCUAGAUGAAGCGGACUUUGAGUCGCAAAGACCUCCAAGGCAUCGACGACUCUUGCACAGAGUGCCUCUUGUCUCGCGACUGGUCUCACCCGCAUACUGGGGAUACCACCGCCUCCAGUCUUCCAGGCCAUUUCUUUCGAAGUCACCACCCCAUCGCUGUCGUCGCCGUCUACUGCGACACAUAUUCUUCUACAUACGCGCUGUCGCAGGCAUUAUUCUUGCCCUUCUGAUCUUCACCGCGAUUUUCCAGCCGUCUUACACCCGUCCACCCCCGCAUUAUGCGGCGCUCCGGGAGGCUAUAUCGCAGUCGAAGGCUUCCGGUCGGGGCAAUCUGCGCCAAGAGCGGAUCUUUAUCGCUGUUAGUUUGUAUGACCGUGAUGGAGGACUGGCGCGGGGACAAUGGGGGUCGCAGUUGCUCCAAUUGAUCGAUUUGCUCGGGGAAGAAAAUGUCUUCUUGAGUGUCUACGAAAACGACAGCGGGUCGGAGGGUGAAAAUGCGCUGCGAGACCUGGAGAGACAGGUUUCAUGCAAUAAGUCCAUCGUGUUCGAAGAACACCUGGAUUUACAUGACUUUCCCCGAGUGAUCAUUCCCGGAGGAUCGCAUCGGGUUGUCCGCGUGGAGUACUUGGCUGAGGUCCGCAACCGAGCCUUACGACCCUUAGAUGAAAGCCCCGCGAUACGCUACGACAAACUUCUCUUUCUGAAUGACGUUAUGUUCGACCCUGUUGAUAUCCUUCAUCUGCUCUUCUCGACCAAUCUUGGCGGCGAUGGCGUCACCCGCUAUCGCGCCGCUUGUGCUAUUGAUUUCGAAAACCCGUUCAAGUUUUACGACACGUAUGCGACCCGUGAUCUCCAGGGAUACAGCAUGGGCCUGCCUUUUUUCCCCUGGUUCACUACGGCGGGAGAGGGACAGAGUCGGAAGGAUGUGCUGGCGGGAACAGAUGCUGUUCGGGUCCGGAGCUGCUGGGGAGGUGCGGUGGCAUUUGAUGCGCAAUACUUCCAGCACAGCACGUCGCCAACGACAGGGGAAGGAGCCUUGAAACUGGAUACAGCGGGCCCGGAGAAUCGAUGGGAUAACCCACCAGCUCGCUUUCGCGCUCCGCAAGAACUGUUCUGGGAGGCAUCUGAAUGCUGUCUCAUCCAUGCCGACAUCCAACCGGGUCAUUUGAAUGUGAAUGAGGUGGUGGACUCGGGGAUCUAUCUCAACCCCUUUGUUCGAGUGGCAUACGGUUCUCGCACUCUGUCCUGGCUAUGGACCACGCGUCGGGUUGAGAGACUCUACAGACUCAUCCACAAUAUUGGGAACCACCUGGUUGGUCUCCCUCGGUUUAAUCCUCGCCGAGCAGAAAUCCCUGGCCAAAGAGUCGAGCGCAGCGUUUGGGUUCCCAACGGCAACGAAGAAUAUGGCGGCUCCUUCGAGACGGUGGAACAGAUCGUCGACAAGGGCGGUUAUUGUGGACGUCCAGGGCUCCAGGUGAUUGUCGAAAAUCGCGAAGAAGGUCAGGCUGCAUGGGAGAGCAUCCCAUUGCCAGCCUGA